AUGCCUAUAAGUGGGAUCGCCGGCGGGUCUUCGCCCAGGAACGACGGUAACUGAUGAGCAAUCUGUACGCUAACAAAAUAUCAUAUUUCUAGGCUAUCGUUAACCGUCCAGAAGCAUUUGCUACUGCUGCACUCGGUCUGGGUCGCUUGUGGAAUAAGCGUGGUGGUCGCAAGGAAAUCAAAGUCGACCUAGGGUUGGAAUCGACCGUGCCGAAUCGACCGUAUCGAAGCCGGGCUUCAGCCCACUCAAUCGAUUGCGCUGGGGACACCGUAUGCUACAAUGAAGGCGCUUUCUGGGGAGCGCAAGAUGACGAAGAUGUGGAUGCAGAAAAUCGAGAUUUGUGCGACUUUUGGUGCCAAAAACUGCGACGCUAUCAAGGGUAUUGCGGCGGUUUACAGAAAAUGAAAUUGAGCAGAACUGAAAGGUAA